AUGGAAAAUUCCGGAUUGGGUUGGGCACUACCGAAGUCAGCUCGAAAUAAGAGAUUAGCAGAAGCUCUCCAGUUGGUAACCGAUGAGAACGGUAUGUUGGAAAGGGAACCUACAAUCACUUUCACGGAGUAUAUGAAGGUUGAACUGCGUACUAAUGCUGCUUUUGUCGUCGAGGUGGAGAAGACUUUCCUGGAUCUCCUCGAUAAAAUAGGCGAUCCAACAUUCCUUGGCCCAUCGUUAAACCACAAUUUCCGCCCAAUGUCUGUGGAUAAGCGUCGCUUCAUACAUGAAUAUGCGGCGUUCUUCUCAAUUGAAACUGCGGGUGUCGAUGAUCCACCGAAAAGAAGUGUUAUAGCAACUGCGAGAAGGGGAGUGAGCCGUGCACCACUGGUACUGCUAACAUCUUUGCAAAAGUAUCCCAAUAUGCUGAAGGUAGCGGGUUCAGUGACACUGAAAAGCAGCUUCAAUGACGAUCCGAAGCGAAAAGGUGAACAACAAACAGCUGAAGAGGCUAGCAAUGCCGCGUCAUCGAUGAAAACUCUUCGUGGGGCUCGUCAGUUCAAGAAGCGCGUAGCUCCUCAAAUAGCUCGCCCGUCACCGUUGCCACAGUUCAAUCCGUUUGCUGUGCUGAGGAGUGACGACGAAGAGACAGAUCCGCAGACUCCCAAGGCCAAAGUGAAAUACGCUAAAAAAGAGGAAGCUGUAGAAAAGGAUCCGAAUUGGUGGAGCGAUGAGGAGGAGGAGGUCAAUUCGUCCGAUGAGGCCUGCCAGGAAAUUGUGGCACUGAUGGAGGAUCUUGUUGUUCGAGUGUGCAAGACGGAGGAUUUCGGUGAACCCGUGGAAAACGAAGGUGUAUCGGUGCUCUGUAAGGAUUCAUGGAGUGACGAGGAGUAG